ACUAUCCCCUUAGAUUCCAGUUAAGCCGAUUCCCAGUUUCUUCUCCCAACCUUGUUCCUUGUUGAAGCGUUCUUCGUCCGCUGAUUCGAUUGCGAGUGUUGCCAAUACAGACGAUAGUAGGCCUGGAAUUGUUGGCUAGUCUGAUUAUGCUGGUUUCCCAAUUGUUAAGUAACUACGGUAGUUUAAGAAUAAUUUUAACUAUUCGUGGAGCGUUCGUUCUGCGUGGCCUUGUCUACCUGUUUCCUGACAAGUGAGUCGCACCAUGGAUUUUAUGCAGUUUUACGCACUUUGACGGAAAACUAAAGCAUUUUAUGUGGUUUGCCAAAUAUGUUUUGUCUUAUUUAACAGAAAGACGCUGCCUUAAAUCAAAACGUCGGCAGCCGCUAUAUGUGGUUGAGCGCAGUACCUGUGCGGCUGUGCUGUAGAAUACUCGUUCAGUUAUCCGCAUUAUUUUUUACGUUUUCAAAGGGAAUACAUUUGAGAUGCAUAAAGCAUGCUGCAGAGGUACGGUGGGAUACGGCGGUGACUCAAAAAAGUAGAUUAGAAAGAUCCAUGAAGGAUACGUAGAGGAUACUGCGGGAUGCGAUGGAAUGCUAUGGAUUCCAGUCAAAACAUAUGCGCGGAAAAAUUUACAUGUGCUACGCGUGCCGUAUUUAACAUUUGAACACUGGAUGUGCAAACAUAUCUAUAUAUUGUAGCAUGCCUUUGGGAAAAUUUCUUCUUCUCCCUAUAUACAGGCCGGAAUACUCCUUAGAAUCGGACAGUGGUCUGUAUGAUCCAUUUGUAGUGGAUAUACUGGGAGCGUCCGGUGCACUGAUGCGUGGGUAUGUCUGUGAUGUGGACGAGCACGGCGUGUCCGUUCAACUAGACGCCCAUACGGUGCAGCAUGCCGCUUAUGGUCAUGUAUGGAGUGUUAAAGACCCCGAUUUCGAUGAAUCCACUACGGACCUGAGCUCGGGCGAUAUCGAAGUUCGCAUCGACCUCCAGGACAGCGGCGUGGCGGCGUGGACGCCGGCUCGCUUGGUGGACAGCAUUCGCUGGGCGGAGACCGAAUGGUUCCUGCCUAGUUCGUGCGGGUAUUCCGUCGUCACCGUGGAAGUGCCCCAAGCGGAUGCCACCGUAGCGCACUACACCGUCAUUGAUGGACCCACCGCACUGACGCAACGGCUGCGCCGGCGCGGAGAUCGCGGCCCGCUCGUGCCUCGUGGUGCCUUUCAAAAGGUCCGCGAGCCCAUGUUCCGUCCGUCCGAGAAGUAUCCGCAUCCCGUGCGCUUUCUGCAAGCAGCGUGUUCCUUCCCACGAUUCCAUACAUACUGGCUGCGAGACUCGCACACGAUGCUGCUGGGCCUGCACGAUGACUAUAUGGAGCUGCUGCUGGCCCCCGAGCGCGCUGAAAUGUAUAACCAAGUGAAGAACUACUACCUCGCCGACACAGGCCGCUAUGACGGUUUUCUAGUGCGGAGAGCGACAACGGAAUUUGUGGAGGGCUUGUUCGUUAUGCAGCAGCGGACGGUCGGCGACAUACUCGGUGGCUUAGUCUGCACCGUUCUACAGUCCGAAGAGUUUCUUGACGAUGAGCCCUACUUUAGCGAACUAAUCCUGGAAAUUCAAAUCUUCAUCUACUCCAAUCUGGAUAUAUUCCAUCAAAAUCUACUUAAAAGGGUAAGUAAGGCGUUUCUACAUCUGCUGGACUCCAGUAUAAUCCGGUCGUGUGUCAUCCUGCCGGUGCAGCCAAUUCAUGAGGAUGUGGGUCCCGAUGAUACGGACGCAGCAUGCAGAACGUGGAGGUGGAACGGAAGUUUCGCCUGUGUCCACUUCCUGGCGCGAAGUGUCACGGAGCACUGCCGCGUUUUGUGCCUCGUGGGAGAGUGGGAAUACUGUCUGUUCUCCUUGGUCGACUUACUGAAAUUUCUGUCACUGAAGCUCAAGUGGCUCGUCAACACUGGCAAUACAGACCUGUACAUUAACGAACUGGAUUUCCCCAGCCGACCAAUGUCUUAACCGUGAUCGAGCCGGAUGUGUAUAUGUUGUUCCCUUACCAGUCUCCGCAGUUCCGAACCAUAUGCGAUCAUCUCCUGCUGCGACAGUGUGUGUUCGACGCGAAGAACUCCAUUAACCUCCCUAUAGUACGUCGUAACGGGGAGACAGGGGGCGUGGACCACGAUCUGUACACCCGAUACACAGACACCUUCUUUCUCAACGUGGCUCGUUGGUCGUUCAGUUUUGCCGGCACAACGACAGCGGAUUACUCGGCUUCCUUUCGCCGAAUGUUCGAAGUGUGCUGUCCGGAACUGGAGGCCACACAGCUGCAUCGUCUGCUGGAUGGCUUAAACGCUUUCCCAGCCCCCGAACAUCUGCCGGAGGAUUUACUGUGGGCGUUGCUAAGCGUCUCUUUUAUGCUGUGGAGCAGUCCGCCUCCCGAUACCAUUGAAGACAUCCAGACGGCCCUUCUGACAGAAUCGCCUCAGCGAAAACUGGUGACCCAGACGCUGCAUUUAUUACCAUUUUUGCAGUAAAUGAGCAUCCGCGGCGAACAGCGCAAAUUUUGCGAUUAUGGGAAAUUCGGCCCGGUAUGCCUUUCGUUAGGCUUACUUAGAUUGACCUUAAAAGGGGCCUUGGCGAACGUUGCCAACAUGGGAAAAUCAGACUCGGCAUUCCGUUUGGCAUGCCUCCUGAGAUUAACCUUUAAAGCACCCUUGGCGAACUGUUAGAAGGUGGCGAAUAUGGCAAAAUCCGACCUGUUGACUCAACUUUGUUGUACUGAUUUGCACUUUAAACUUUAAAUACAAAGUUGAAGGAUUAUCAUCAAAAUGGAAAAAGCAACUGUCAAAAUAAUUGGGUUCAUCUGUCCAGAGUUUCAUAGAAAAUUCUUUUGGGUUUUUCUUGAUCAGUCAGCAAGCAAAGUGCGCUCAAAAGCAAGAUGGCGUCCGGCUAAAAAGGUCAACCAAUCACUUGCCAUAGCGAAGGCUCUGCGGAUAAAUCGGC